AUAAUAGGCUACUUCGCAACCCGGAGUCGCCAAAAAACACAGACGCUGGACGCUCUUCGUUACGCAGGUCGUAACAAAGUUGGAAUGAUUGUGUUUUUUAUUUUGUUACUGCGACAACUAAAGACACCAUGGAGAACCAAGACAAAAUAAUUUGCUCGGAGCUUUUUCAGAAGCAGAGAAAGGUAGAAGUUGUUCUCUAUCCGGCUGUUCUUGCAUGGAAGGAAAUUGAGAAAAGCAGUAAGCGGAGCUCUGGGACUUCUGAAUCAGAACACGGCCAGACUGUUAAAGUGUGUGAAAUUGUGGCAGUUCACAAGACAGAAGACGAAGCUGACGCACAAGCCAGGAGCCAGCCGAAGAGGAUAAACCAGCCCUCUCAGCAGUAUCCCCAUGCAUUCACAGUUUCAUACGUGAGGAGGACCCGGCAACACCUGUGGCGUUGCGCCGACGUCACCUUCCACUGCGCCGACCAGCAGAUCUGCGAGCAGUGGGUCCAAGUCAUCAACGAGCAGCUGUCAUUACUUACCAACCGACCCAAGAACCUGCUGGUGUACAUCAAUCCGUACGGAGGGAAGCGGCGCGGGGAGCGCAUUUACGAGCAGAAGGUGGCUCCGGUGUUCCGGCAGGCCGGCAUCUUUACAGACGUGAUUGUUACAGAGCGCGCUAAUCAUGCCAGGGACCACUUGAAAAUGGAGGCCAAUCUAGACGAUUAUGAUGGGGUGGUGUGUGUGGGCGGAGACGGGAUGUUUAGCGAGAUCCUGCACGGCCUGGUGACCAGGAUCCAGACGGACCACGGCGUGGACCAGAACCAACCGGAUGCUGAGCUGGUGCCGUGCUCUCUGCGUAUUGGGAUUAUUCCUGCAGGGUCGACUGACUGCAUCUGCUUUGCUACUCAGGGAACAAACGACCCAGUUACAUCUGCCUUGCACAUCGUUGUUGGCGAUUCACAGCCAAUGGAUGUAUGUUCAGUUCACCAUAACGGCGUCUUCCUCAAAUAUUCGGUCUCUUUGCUUGGGUAUGGUUUCUACGGCGAUGUUUUGACGGACAGUGAGAGGAAUAGGUGGCUUGGUCCUGCAAGAUACGACCUGUCAGGGUUUAAAACCUUUUUGUCCCACAACUACUACGGUGGGACGGUUUCUUUCCUGCCAGCAGACGACAACGUGGGGCAUCCGAGAGACAAGCUGCAGUGUCGAUCCGGGUGCCGCAUCUGUCAGCACAAGCACUCAUCAAAAGACGAGCACGACGAGGCGUCGGAGGAGAAGGAAAAGCCGGCUGAAGAUAGCGACAGAGGCUGGAACGUGAUCCACGGCAAGUUCAUUGCCAUCAACUCAGCCAGCAUGAGCUGCGCGUGUCCUCGGAGUCCGAAAGGCCUGUCGCCCUCCGCCCACCUCGCCGACGGCACCACCGACCUGAUCCUGGUCAGGAAGUGUUCCCGUCUGGACUUCUUCAGACAUCUUCUUCGACACACCAACAACGACGACCAGUUUGACCACUGGUUCGUGGAGGUCCACAGGGUGAGAAAGUUUCGCUUCGAGCCAUGGCACCCGGACUUGGCUCCUCUGGAAGACGCGAGCGAACAUCCAGAGAGUCCAGACCUCAGUCCCAUCUCUUCUCUCCAAGAAACCUACGACGACCGCACCGCCGAGAGCAGCUGGAACUGCGACGGGGAAAUCCUGCAUCACACCGCCAUCCAAGUCAGUGUCCAGUGCCAGCUGAUCAGGCUGUUUGCUCGGGGAAUCGAGGAGCAGCAAGACGCAGAGGUGGCCGUGUGACGACAUUUGACCGGCGUUAUGUCCUGAAGACACAAAGACUGAAAAGGAACAGGGGGGAAAAAAACAAAGACUUGAAAGUGUUGAUUUCCUGGAAAAGCACAUACAACAUCCACUUUUCAUUUGCACAAGCUGCCUUUCGAUGAUGAUUAUAGUGUUUGCUUUAAUGGGUUUGCGCAGUAUUGGGUAGAAAAUGACGAGACAUGUUGAAUUCAAAUGGAUCGCGUUGCAUCGCCGGUUAGUGGGGAACCUCAAAAAUCAGGACUAGUCAUUACUUUUUGGAGUAAGCUGGGUGAAAUAUGGUUUCCUGCACCCUAUUAGUGCUGCUUUCACAUCCAAAAAAAGAAAAAAGACAAAGCUAAAGCUCAGAGCAUCCCAAACAGACUGGGAGUUCUUCCAGCAGGAUGAAACUGAGCCGGACUCCAAGUAGAACAUGAAAAAUAAAAAUCAUCCUGCAACAACGUAGAGACACAGUCAGGGUGGAACAGAAGAUGUGUGUGUGAAUUCAAAAACACUCAUUCAAGCAAUCAUAUCUUUCUUAUUUAAGAAAAAAAAUAAGUUUUUUCUUUUUUUUUUCUUUUUCAUGUGAAAGCCUGUAUGAGCCACAGGCACUAAUAAAAAGAAUUGAAUCCCGUGACUUAAACCCUAACAGGACCCUGGUGGCUGCUGGGCGAUAAGGAAAAGUGCUUCCUGAAUGACUUGGAGUGUCUCGGCGCCGCUGCGCCGCACCUGUGGCUCCUCUCCUUUCCGGCUCAAAGAGCCGCUCGCGGUUUAAUCAUCACCUGGGAGCCGGUGGAUUUCUGCGUCGCUAAUGUCAUUACAGACAAUCUACCCCUCUGCUCCCGAAUUAGCCUCUCUUUGCUCUUCCAGAGUCGCGGGUCAAGCGGGUCUUGAACCAGCGGCGGCAGAGUCAGCAGAAAAUAAACGCACCAGCUUUUACUUUGGCCCGCUCUUAUAGCGAUGAAACUUUAUGUUGGGCCUACACACAAGUGUUUGAAAAUGUGAAAUGUGUUUUGCAACAUCCCUGCAGGGCUGUGCUGUUAUUGAUGAGUGGAAAAGUGCAGAUGUCAUGAGUUAGCUCUUUCCCAAUUAAACCCACAACAGCCUUUUUUUUUUUUCCAUCAGAUGCUUUCUCUCUGAAGCCAAGAGCCAUCCAGCACCAGAAGACGCACGCAAACACACAGAUAUGCCGUUUUAUUUAUUUUUAUAUAUAAAUCUUAUAUUUUCUUAUUUACACACACACUUUUCCUCUCAAAUCUGUUUCCUUUGAAUCCUCUGGACCUCUUUCUAUCGAUUCAGGAUGUCUGUCGUUGACCUUCAGCUCGCCGGAUGAUGUUCCAUCACAGCAUAAAUUGGACGGAGAAGACGAGCUAAAAUAAAUGGAGCCGUUGUUUUAUUAAGCAAAACAGAAAUCAGACAUUUCAGUUCUGUGAAAUCUGAAAUAGGGUUUUCUUUGCCGUCAAGACUGUGUGUGCCUGCAUUCUUCUUUUUAAAGAUGAAUAGGUUUUAUGCAGCAGAAGUUGCGUCCAAAAAGCUGCAAACAAAAAGGUUUGUGGUGAAGUGAACCAGCAGCAAUCACGUCUCCUGAAAAUAUGUAUUUUUGUAUCUGGGUUCCUGCGUUUUUCCAUAUUGCCAUCAUGUGCUGGAUAGAAUUGGAUGGGAACGUUUUUUAUAUGAAAUGGAGAUCAUUCUGUUGGCCUUGUAGACUACAUGGUUUCUAGGAUUUGUUCUCAGUAAAAAAUAAAUCCUCUAGAGGAAAUAAAUCAACGUAUGGAGAAAUAUUUCACUUCUUACCACUUGUGCAUACCAAAGACUUUGUGUUCGAGAUAACAGCAGUCCAACAUCACUGAUCACAUUAAUUGUUGUUUUUGGCAGAAAUGUGAAAACAUCUAGCUGAAAAGACAGAAAGAAGAAAGAAGAAAACUGAACUUGCUUACAAAAAAGACAAACAUACUGAGGGACCAUUAAGCACAUUGCCAGGUGUGGGUGUUUGCUCAAUAUUUCAUCUUAAAUCAUGUACCAAAAUCAAAUAGUACAAUGUUUAAGAAGAUUGGUAUUCGCUAGCAACAGUCUGGAGAUAUAGCUUAAAAUAGCGAGAAUUUAAAAGUCCUCACUCCAUCUAUAAAAAAAAUAAAACACUCCAAAUUGCAAAUGAGGUGAAUAUGGAAACUGAUUUCAUUUGAUUCAAAUCCUGAAUAAAGUGCUUAUGAAUUGGG